GCUUCUAGAGGGACCAAGAACCCAGCACCCGAAAGCUAAAAGACGUAAAAUCUCGAGAGCAAUGGAGACUGAUGAGAUAGAGGAGAAACAUUCGUCGGACUCAAACGAACUGGGAAGAAUUCAAGACUACGUUUUGAAAUCCCUACUUAGCGAAGGCAGCAGAGGAUCAGUGUCGAGGGUGUGGAAGGCGAGGCACAGAGAAAGCGGGCAAAUAGUUGCUUUAAAGCAAAUCCAACUCUCAAAGCUUACCCGCAGCCUCAAGAACUGCUUGGACUGCGAAGUCAACUUCUUAUCCUCUGUUAAUCACCCAAAUAUCAUCCGUCUUCUCGGUGUUUUCGAGUCAAUGGACGUCUUUCAGGCUGAAGGCAGCAUUUUUCUCAUCCUGGAGUUUUGUGCUGGGGGCAAUCUCGGUGCUUAUGUCCGGAAUCAUGGUAGAGUGCAAGAAUGCAUAGCUAAAAGAUUCAUGCAACAGAUUGCUGCUGGAUUAGAGGUGCUGCAUUCACACCUAAUCAUCCACCGUGACUUGAAGCCAGAGAACAUUCUGUUGUCAAGCUCUGAUGGUGAUGCUCUGCUGAAAAUUGCUGAUUUUGGACUCUCAAGAAUUUUGCACCCUGAUACCUUUGCUGAGACAGUCUGUGGGUCUCCAUUAUACAUGGCUCCAGAAAUUCUUCAAUUUCAAAAAUAUGAUGAAAAGGUUGACAUGUGGAGCAUUGGUGCAAUUCUUUUUGAACUUCUUAAUGGCUACCCUCCUUUUCAUGGUAGGACUAGUGUUCAGCUUUUGCAGAAUAUCAAGGAAUCUUCAUAUCUUCCCUUUUCUCAGCUGGUUCUUUCUGAGUUGCAUCCGACCUGUGUUGAUUUAUGUUCUAGACUGUUGUCUGUCAAUCCAGAGACCCGGAUGUCCUUUGAUGAGUUUCAUGAGCAUGACUUUUUGGAAAUUCAGAAAGUGGAGAGAUAAAAGCCAGCAAUAAGUGGUUUCAUUUCUAAAUCACCAUUGAACUGUCUUAGUGAUUUAUAGCUUUGUUUGUAAAUCAUCUCAAUGUUGGUGACCAGGUUUCUAUAUGUUGAUGUCAUUAUGAUGGGUUGUCUGCCAAGAUCUCAGUUGUGAAGCUGCCAUUUCCUGAGUGUGAAAAAAAUAUUAACUCAGCUGCAUUCCUCUUGUCAGUGGAUCGUUCUUGAAUUUAAAGCUUCUAUAAUGAAUACUGUUGCUCCAGCUUUUCAGGCUAAUGGAUAACAUUCUUCCUUGAUUAAGUCUGCCUGUUCUCCUGAAAUCAUAUACCUUCUCCUUUGACAUAAAUGACUAGUAGAGUACAAACCAGCUAUGACAAUCCGAAAGCUUACUUUCAGUCUGCCACACCACAGCUGAUUGGAUGAGUUUUUCUAUCAUAUCAAGACUUGGUUUAAAAUUGGCUUCAUUUGGCAUCUCAAAUGUGGAUAAAGUAGUUCUGAGUUACGGGUUGAUAGCCAGAAUGAGUUCCCAGUCAAAUCAUCACUCCCAUGGAUGAGAAUAUGCAGUGCACUAAUUUGGCCUGCCCAGUGGCUAUAGUGCUUUUACGGGAAUGGAGAAGAUUUCAUGUGCCUUUCGCAUUGAAGAUCAGCUGCAAUGUUAGAUGGAACAGGAAGAAGUCAAAGUGCAAUAUUGAAAUGAGUGAAGCCGUUAUAGAGAUGUCUCUGGUAGUUCAUCUAUUGCCUCAACAGUUCAUUGAAGAUGAGUUGAUUACCUUGUGUGGCUGGAUUCUAUUCAUUGCUUACGCAGAAUUCAACAAAUAAAAUGAGGUUGAUAAUGAACCUGUAACAUUUCUUGAGGCCCCAGCCUUCUGCUUAUUAGAACAGUCUGCAAUUACAUCCCUGUAUUUCAUCACCUUCUCGGGCACCUGGUGGCGUUCCUGGACGGAUCAUCUGCCGGCGCUUGGUAGCUUGAUGAAGCAGAAUAACCUUUAAAGACAUCUUUUGAGGAGCACAGCCCCGUCCCCUGCUUCGUCCAACUCCAUGGCCCGUGACUUCUGGCCAAUAACUUCUUUCUAAUCGCUUUGGAUUUUAGAGAUUCACAUCUGAGUGCCUGAAAGUAGGGAUGUAUGCAAGUCGAGCCAAUAUCAAAUAGCUUGCGAGUAACUCGGUCAAUGACUUGGCUUGAACUCGAUCAAAUCGAGUUCGAACCGAGUCUCGAGCUACUUUGGGCAAAAAAGUAAUAACAUAAUUGUAAAAGAUCUAAAAAGAAAAAAUGCUGGGAAAAAGCAAAGAAAAGCUUCAGACUUUAGUUUCUCUUCCUCCCUUCUUCUCUGUUCGAACGAGUGACUUCUAAACCCUACCUCCGUUACUCUCAAGCCGUUGCUCGCCGCAUCUGUCAGCCUCCAUCGCCAUCGCUUUUCUGGUUACUGGUAUGUCUGCCUCUGCUCUAAUGUGCAUUUCCAGUUCUAUUUCC